AACGUGACAAUCAUGGCACUUCUCGACAAUUUGCCGAAUGUCGGCAUUCUCGCAACUGUUGCGGUGGUCCUCUACUUUGCAACACAUGCCAUCUACAACCUCUACCUCCAUCCACUCUCACAGCACCCAGGACCUUNNUUUCUCAAUGCAAUCUCUCCCCUACCUCGCCUCUGGCUGAACAUCAACGGCCGCGAACCUCAGACAGUCCUCAAGUGGCACCUCAAACAUGGCCCUAUCGUUCGCAUGGCACCCAACGAACUCUCCUUCAUCACCCCGGCCUGGAAGNAAAUCUACGGCUUCAAGAAGCCAGAGCUGACCAAGGAUUGGACCAUGUAUGCGUUAUCUGAGAACACAAAGAGAUCUAUCCUUUUGUCUGGUGCCGAUCAUGGCAGACAGAGAAAGAUGCUGGCACCGGCAUUCAGUGAAAGAGCUUUGAAGUUGCAGCAGAGUAUGUUGACCACGUACAUUGGUAUGAUGGUUGAGAGAUUGGAAGAAAGGAUGAAGCAGAACAAGUCGAUCGAUAUGGCCAAAGUGUUCAACUGCGUUACUGUUCGAUUUGAGAAAGAGGCCCAUGUCAAACUCGAGGGAAACAACAUGCUGACCAAGUUAACAGCUNUUGACACUAUUGCCGACCUGAUGUUUGGCAAAUCUCUCGGUCUUUGCAAAGACAUGGAGUACUCGGACUGGCUCUCCCAACUCUUCGUCUCCAUCUGGCUCGUUGGUUCCUCUCGCGCCCUUCAAUACUUCCCUAUCCUCUUCCGCCUCGCAACCAUGAUGAUCCCAAAACAUAUCCAGGACUCAGUCGACGCUUCCUACCAAAACACCGUCAACAAGGUGAAUAAGCGUCUUGAGAUGAAGACUGAGCGACCGGACAUGCUGGGACUCAUGCUCAAGCACAAGGAAGAGGGCGCAGAGAUGACUAUGGACGAGUUGUAUGCCAAUGCUGAUUUGCUGAUGAUUGCUGGUACCGAGACCACGGCGACGAGUUUGUGUGGAUUGACAUGGCAUUUGUUGAACAACAAGCCUGUUCUUGAGCGCUUGACCAAGGAGAUCAGAGAGGCUUUCACCAGUAUCGACGACAUUACCAUGGAGUCGUUGCCGAGAUUGCCUGUAAGUAACGUCAAAGCUAUGCUACGGAAAAACAAGCUGAUCAGACCUAGUNACCUGUCUGCCUGUCUGGAAGAAGGCAUGAGAAUGUUCCCUGCCGUGCCCGAAGGUCUUCGUCGCAUCACCCCUGCCACCGGCGCAACCAUCAGCGGCCACUUCAUCCCAGCAAACGUCAAAGUCAGCAUUCCCCACUACGCAGCCUACCACCACCCCACCAACUUUUCCUCCCCCGAAACCUUUGCCCCCGAACGCUGGCUCCCCUCUUCUCAUCCCCUCUACACCACCACCUAUGCCUCCGACAAGAAAGAAGUCUAUCAGCCUUUCUCCGUGGGACCAAGAAACUGCAUUGGUUUGACGCUUGCAUAUCACGAAAUGAGAUUGAUCAUGGCGAAUUUGCUGUGGCAUUUUGAUGUACAGCUUGCAGAGGAAGCGAGAAAGGAUUGGUUGGAUCAGACUACGCACUUGGUGUGGGAUAAGAAGCCUUUGCCUGUAAGGAUUCUGCCCAGAGGUGAGAUUUUGGAGUAG